AUGGGUGGAGCAGCAUCGGCCGUGAAGCGGCUGACGCAUUCCUUAAGAAACAAGACUAGCCGAGCAAGGGAAUCAGCAGCAGUGCACCCUGAAGGGCAACGUCCAAAGCCAGAUGUGCCCACAGAACUGCACAAUUUCCCCAGCGGCAACAACGCGCUUGGCCCUUCGCAAGGCGAAGCAAAGAAGAGCCGAGAAAGGUUUGAAGAUGUGGUUGGGCUCGGUGAGAGCCCAGGGGAACCGCUCGAGGAGACGCCAAGGACUUCAAGGACUCAGCAUGAUGUUCCGAUCGUACCAGGACCGACAGAGCAAGAAGACAGAAGUAUUUCUCCCAGCAGGCAGCCUUCACGACACAUUCAGGAGGCCGUCACACCGGACAAGCAUCCUGCACCGCCUCAUCCAUGGGUUCUGGUCCCAUACGAGGACGAUGCCUACUACUGGAACACUGAAACGGAUGAGGUCACCUGGGACUUUCCAGUGUUUGCACCCGGCGAUGCAAAAGGAGAUGUGCUUCAGGAUACGCAGGUGCCUCAGGUGCCUGUUUUAGGUCUUUCGGAGUCUGAGGGUGAGGACGAGGCGGACCUCAUGGAUGUGUUGACCGCUUGCCGCGAAGCGAAGGCCUGGUCCAUGCCAGAGAUGGCACAGAUGGCACAGCAUGGCAUGCCACAUGAUCCGGCUUGCAGUCCGGCAAGCGCCGAUGAGGAGAUCUCUCCUCAAGAACAGCUUGCCUUAGCUGCAACUUGUGCAUCCAGCGUCACUUCCAUCAGAAUGGAACAGCCACCAACUUCAACACCUAUUUCAAAAGAGACGGCUGGAGAGCCGGAGGCAGAGCAAAGACUUCAUGAAGGUCCACAGGAAAAGCCGGUGGAUGGUAAGUGGAUUGCAGAGCUCGAAGACGAGGAGAUCAAUAGGCUGCCAUGUGAAAGAUUUGAAAGUGUGCCAAAUGAACCUUUGGAUACUUCUGCAUCCCUGGGGGCUGGCUCAUUUACGGUGAUGAAGGCUGAAGGACAAAGCAGUGGGACACCUGUAUCUCCGCCAUCUCCGCCAUCUCCGUCAUCUCCAGCAUCUCUCCCAUCUCGAACAUCUCAUACAUCUCGCACAUCUCCUAUCUUUGCAAGGAGGCCGGACGACUCCGAGGACUCUGAGGAUUCUGAGGAUUCUGCGGACGCUGAGGACGCUGAGGACACUGAUGUGGGACAUGGAAAGUAUCUGCCAAAGGUGUCUCACGUGGAUGUGAGAUCAGCAGAGACUUCACCGGUCUCUGCUUUAGUGCUUCCUGCAGGAGGCAGUGUGCCCACCCGACAUGUAAGCAGAGCGAGCCAGUUCUACGAUCUAGUGAAGUUGCGUUGUCACUCUGUCAGCCCUGAUGGUGCUGAAGGAGCAUGCAGCUUCUUCGACACUUACCGAGUUUUGCGCCAGCGAGGGCAAAGCCAAGCUGUUCAGCUCUCUUCGAUGGCACUGCCUGGCUGGGACCAGGAAGCGCCUGUGGAGGCUUCGCCGAGUUCAGACGAAGGCUUUGCCGAAGCCUUUGCUGAAGGCAUUCCCCAAGGCAAGCGCGAGCUCCAUUCACAGGACAGGCUAAGCCUGCUUGCAGCCGAUGCCGCAGUUUCCAAAAGACCGCCACCAAGUGGCUCCCGUCCAUCCACAACGCCGGCUCCACUGGAUUGUAAAAAGGACGCAACCUCCGCAAAGCGAAAGUACCCGAAGAGAGCUGCGCCAAAGAGUCUCAAGAGUGUGUUGAGAGCCGCACCAAAGCGCAGAGACCAAAGGUUAGCAUCUCCUGCCCGGGCAACAGCGGAUGCAGCGCUGGUGGCGGCCUAUACUGGAGUGGCUUGCGGAAGCACUCGUCCUUUACACCAGCGUCCGAAAUGGCAGUGA